AUGGCACCCAAGAUCUUCCUCACAGGAGGAACAGGCUACAUCGGCGGCUCCGUCCUGCACACGCUCGCAACCACGCACCCCGAAUACUCCAUCACCGUACUUCUCCGCAAAACUCCUGAAACCUUCACAUCCACCUACCCCAACAUCACCAUCCUAACCGGCGACUACUCGAGCACCGACGUGAUUACUUCUGCUGCACAGAACGCCGACAUCGUCGUGCACAACGGGGACUCAGACCACGAACCCAGUCUCUCCGCCAUCAUCUCAGGUCUCCUCCAGCGCUCUACUCCAGGCUACCUACUCCACCUCUCCGGCACGGGAAUAGUGUCAGACUGGGCCUCCCCAUCAUACCUGGGACUGCUAAACCCAAAGAUAUGGUCCGACAAGACUUCUCUGGCUGAAAUCAGGUCCUUGCCUCCAACGGCGCUGCACCGCAACACCGAAACCAUUUUACACGAAACGGUCGCAAAACAUGGGGAUAGGAUCAAGAUAGCCAUCAUGUGCCCCCCAGACAUCUACGGCAAAGGCAAGGGAUUAGUCAAAACGCACAGUGCGCUUAUCCCCUUUUUCAUCCACGCCGCGAAGGGAUUGGAGAGUGGGAAACCUUUUUACUACAAUCAAGGUGCCAAUACGAGGAGUUGGGUGCAUAUCAACGACCUUAUGCGUCUGUACUUGCAUGUCGUGGAAGCUGCGGUCUCUUCCUUAUCCUCCACCUCAAACUCCAACCCCCAAGAUUUCUUCAACGAAAACGGAUACUACUUUGCGAGCACGCAAGAGCAUUCUCAGAUUGAUGUUGCGAAAGCAGUGGGGGGCAUUUUGCACAAACACGGUGUUAUCAAGGAUGCGGAACCAGUGCAGAUCGGUUUGGAGGAAUUGGACGGCAUGGCUGCUGUUUAUCCUGGGUUUCCAAAGCUCGCGAGGUACUUGUUUGCGAGUAAUUCGCGUACGAGGGCUGAGAGGGCGGGUGAGAAAUGGGGGUACAAGGGUGAGGCGCCUGGGUUGUUGGAGUGUUUGGAGGGGGAUGUGCUGGAUGCCAUUAGCAUGAAGGGGUGA